AGGCAGAUCCACAGCUCUCCAACCCCUUACCAUGAAAGCACUGUGGCACAGUAAGUUCAAAGACAUACAGUGAAACUCAAGUGUCUCUGUCUGUCAACAAAUCAAUGUGCCAAAGGUGUCGGCUUUUAGGUGUUAACAUGAUGACCGGUAGAUUAUGCUGGUCAACUAUUAAAAGAAAACGAACAGAGAAGCCCAUCAUAUCGUUUUCGGAAUUGGAUUUUGAAAACAGCUCUGUUAUAUCAAGCAAUCCCCAUUCAUUCUUCCACGUGCACCUGCACCCAAUACGGAGUUCAGCACGAGCCAAUGAGAGAGACUUGCGUGCUUGUCGCAACGAGAAGCAGCAUGAGCUCCAACAACAAACUGCGGAAAACGGUCAAUCUCUACAAACGUUUUCGGGGAGAAACACACGAGAACUCAGAUCUCAUACAGAUUGGUGCUACCAGUCCCAACAUACCUGUGACACCCCUUGUAAUGGACCUGAGAAGUGGGAUCAUGUUAACAGAGUCUGUGCAGGUGAUAACCAAUCCCCCAUCAACAUCGUCCACAGGAAGACCGUACCAGACAUACGCCUCACACCCUUCCAGUUUAAACAGUACCAGGAUUCCUUCCAAGGCGCGAUCAAAAACAAUGGACACUCUGUGCAGGUGAACGUGCCUCACGAUGCCUAUGUGAUUGGUGGAGACCUGGAGACGCCCUAUAAGGCAGUGCAGUUCCACCUGCACUGGGGCAAGAACGGAGGACCGGGGUCAGAACACACCAUCGACGGAGAGCAGUACCCCAUGGAGCUGCAUAUUGUUCACAUGAAACAGCAGCACUCCAACUUGGGAGAUGCCCUGAAAGAUCCAUCCGGAGUUGCAGUUCUGGGAUUUUUCUACGAGGAAUCUCUCAGUGAAAACCGAAAAUAUGACCCCAUUGUAAAAGCUCUCCAGAGCAUCAAGACGACUCAUGCUCAAGCCACUCUGAGUGCUGUGUCUCUGGAGCAGCUGAUUCCUCCCCAGCAGAACCUGACCAACUACUACCGUUACAAAGGCUCCCUCACCACCCCCAACUGCACUGAGUCCGUGGUCUGGACCGUGUUUGAGAAGCCCAUUCCUCUCAGCAAAAACCAGCUGCGUAAGUUUUCAGAACUCCAGUUUAAGGACGGCAAGGACAUGGUGGACACCUUCCGGCCGGUGCAGCCCCUGAACCGCCGCGUAGUGUACAGGUCUGGAGGCGCAGUGGCACUGGCUAGCGCCGCGCUCCUCAUGGCUUCCGUCGCCAUGGCGAUGGGACUGUCACAGCCCAACUAGAGGAAGGCAGAGCGAGCCGCACCACCACCACCACCACCACCAGCAUGAACACCAUGAGUUCUCAGAACCAACCGCCAAAUAAACGAACUAAACUAAACUACAGCAUCAAUCAACCAACAUCCAUGCCCUAACCUUUGAAAACUCUCAGCCUGAAAACCAACAUGCCCCCAGACCCCUUUACAAUGACCUAUAGGGAUUAAUUCCUUCUCAAACUUAAGUAUUAGAGUCUUACAGUUCUACAGUUCUACAGUUCUAAAGUUCAUAAGUUCAUAAGUUCAUAAGUUCAUAAGUUCAUAAGUUCAACAUCCCUCCCUGUUCAAUGUUGGGUCAAUUUAGAGUCCUCAGUCUAAAGUUACAAUACAAAAUGUGAGGACCCUCUGCUCUGUGUUCAGGUGGUCGGGCUGCUGCUAUAGGCUUAACAUAGAGGCCUAUACAUCCAUGACCUGAUUGGCACUGGACUCGCAAGUGAUCAUGUUCCUGAAUGGAACGUGUGGAUGGUGGCUAGUCGCUAUUAAUAGCUAGCAGUCAUAAAUACUUUCCAGUCUCCAGAUUAAAACCGAGGAGAAGAGAGAAAUGCCAUGGCCUGAUCUUUCCGUCUGCAUUGCCAAGUCCAUGAACUCCCGUUAUCACAACCACCGUCACCGGUUAGGUGAGCAUUCUAUUGCCACCCACCACGGGCCCCGGGGCAACAUUAUCUAAGGGGUAAGGAGGACGGAGGUCCCCAUAGCAACACGUGAAUCACUCACCCAGGGGCCCAGGGGUAACUAAAAGACACAGGCUGACCCAUGAGGAACGCAACACACCAUAGUGAGUGUUAAAGUGUUCAGAGGCUGGACUGUCCCUGUCCCGACUCCCAACCCCCCCCCCCCCCCCCAGUCACACAUGAGCUCCACCAGGAGGAGGUGGAGGAAGAUGAUGAUGCGGAGUUGGAGUGAUGAGCUUUCCGGCUCACUCCAAAACUGCUCUGACAAUAGGUCAUGAGGCGAUUGACAGCGGCAAAUUUGAACACACAGAAGAAGACUAGAAGCUGAACACACAGAAGAAGACUAGAAGCUGAACACACAGAAGAAGACUAGAAGCUGAACACACAUAAGAAGACUAGAAGCUGAACUAGGGAGUGGACACAGUGAAUAUUUAAAAUAACCAACUAAUUGAUAGAUAGAUAGAUUAAUUGAUUGAUUUAUUGAUUGACAGAUAGAUUAAUUGAUUGCUUGAUUGAUUGACAGAUUGAUUGAUACUUAUUUGACCAAAUGUCAUUUAUAGUUUCAUGACCAAUUAUCCAUAUCCAAAUGUUUAGCAUGGACCUGCAUGUUGUCUCUCUCUCUCAUGCUGUAACAGAGCAAGAGAACCACAGAGACUGUACACACUUUCCACCUAAGCCACUUCAGAAACUGUAUACUUCUCCACCAGCUCGGCCAAUCAAACUGUCCCUUUUGAGAACACAAGACUUGUGUUCACAGGCUUAUACUACGGGGUCUCGAAUGCACUGAAUGUUACCUACUGUGAAUUAUUUACUCCGAUAGGAUCAAGACAAGACUGAUGUACAGAUUGAACUAGGAAUAUUAAUUAUAUAAAUGUUCCGUUUGUUUCAUAGCGUACCAAUGUUAUAUUACAUUUAUAUACUGUGUAAUGUGUACACGUAUUUGUGUACUGUAUGUGUAUUGAUAUAUAUAUAUAUAUAUAUAUAUAAGGACAUACUGUUGAUGUUAUUUAUAUACAGCUUGGUGUUUAAAAGUUUAUAUAGAAUGAUUGUUUCUGCCUUGGCCAAGUCUCCCUUGAAAAAAAGAGACUCUGGGUCUCAAUGGGCUUUUCCUGGUUAAAUAAAAGUUCAAUAAAUAAACAACUAUCUAUAUAUAUAUGUCAGAAAGAAAACCAAUCCCCCCCCAAAAGGGGAAAUGGAUUACAUUAGCAAGUUGUUUCCGACCAAUUAAAAAUAUGUUUUACUCUUGAAAUGAGAUAUGUUCAAAAGUAUUGAACAAUAUAGUUUGUUUGGUUGUAAUGCUUGACAAUGUUAUACGUGAUGUGGAGAAUGGUGUUCCGAUUGAAUAAACUACUGACAUGCCUUUUUCUAA